AAAAAAAAAGUAAGACACGGAAGUCUAAGAGGACCAAGACUAAAGGGGAGACCCAAAAGAUCAUGGAGAAAUGAUUCACGUGGAAACUUAAGCAAGCUAGGAAUUCAGGUGCAGCCUGCAAUUUCAAUAGAAAGGGAAAGGACAGAAAUCUUUACAAGCAUAACUCGUGAUGGCAAACCGUACAUGAAACGAAAAGCCCUUCGAAACCAAGAUUUGUAGAUGGCCUCUUUAUCCUCUUCCACGAAGCAAGAUUACUUCCUUGUUAACAGUUUUAACCACCGGUUGCCGGGUGACAGACAACUUCACGGUGGAUUCCAUCAAAUACGAUUCAGUUGAUUUCAGCGUGUUUCUCUUCACCCCUGUCAACUUCUCCAAGGAUGGUCACCGUAAACAAAUGCUCGAAGUCCAUUUAGCCUGCCAGAGCAGUCCUCACAAGAACUUCGACAUCAUCACUGUAAAUGCGCAAGAGGUGUGCGUAUCUACAUACCGGUCUUUAACGAAAGCGCAAGAGACCAUAAAGACACCACAAUUUCCAGAAGGUUGGAACGAGUUCAGCUUGAGUUUAGAAGGCCCGUACACUCUCAGAGAUGGUCAUGGGACCACUUGGAUUUCAUACAAUAAAUCCUCUGAAUGCGUCUAUUCCAGAAUCAAAAUCACUGGUCUCCUGAUGCGCCAGUGUCACAAACAGAUGCCAACGUGGGAAAUAGAAGGCCCAAUGAAGCGCGAAGUCCCUUUACUUUCAAGGGGCUCCACCAACUUUAACGAAGAGCUGAUUCUAUACUCUGCCGAGGAGUUCCAACCUACAUUCAUCAUAAGCAACAUUCAGCUCUGGAUUGGAUGGUACAAUAACAGUUUAGAGAUCAGAGAAGAGGCAUCCAGCUUACCAGUCCCGCGAUUCACCAAACGCCUUUUUAUGUCGUUCAUAAAGGAAGGAAGCAAAAUGAAAUUGAAGAUCAUGGCGGGAGAUCGAGAAAUCUUCUUGAGAACGUUGCAGCAGCGACCGACCUAUUUACUGGCAUUUGGGGCCCAGAAUGAUCGCUAUUUUCUCGCGCAAAUGUUGCAUCAAAUUGAGAAUCGAACGACGGCAAAAGAAAAAGUCACCGUCGCUCACCAGUACUCAGACAUCCUCCUGCCCAGUGGAUUCACAGUGCUAUGCGUGGUGAUCAUCAUCAAACUGGGAAUCUGGAACAUUGUUCUCCUUGCAAAGUUUAAGGAAUGGCUUCUUGCAGCCAAUGCUUGUCCAAGGCCUCUGUCAAAAGUAGUAACCAACCCUUCCCAGCACCAGGGACUUGAAUGGUCAGCCUCCGUUCCUCCAGUGGCUCCACCUGUUUUUCAGCAUUGUCCUUUGAGUUAUGAAUAAUGGAAGUGUUUACUUCCCUGUACUUGAUUCAGGAGUAGUAAGAUUUUACAUUACCUUUUAUCUUUUUCAUCCCUUUAUUUUAAUGCAUAUCUGAAGGAUACAUUUAUACAUUUCUGUAAUGUGCUGCAGAAUGAUAAGGAGUUGCAUCCUGCAAUGCAUUUACGUGUCAGUUGGGUCUCUGGUCCCUUACAAUAAACUUCUGUUACUAGGAUGUCGUCUCAUUGCAAAUCCAACAUGGCCCAGUGAGUUUUCGAGCCGAGUCAUGCCCCUGAUAAGUCGACCGCCCCAGGCCAAGCCGAGGCGUGCCUCUCCUAAAUGCCGAGGGCCUUGUCACGGGCCGUAAUGCAAGCACUAACAUUAAUUGCAGACCAGCAACAUGCCAUCCAUUCCCUUUGGAAUGCCCUUCCCGGUUCUGGAUCAUGUGCCGGCAGAGUCCCUGUUUAGCUGCCCCUGAGAAACGUGAUGUUUUAAUGUCCUCGGCAGCGUUCAGGUCCUGGAGACAUUCAGUGAUGUUUUGGAUUCACCUUAACAAGUUUCCACAGCAGGAUGUUGCCCUGCAGAUUAGACUCAACUGUGUUCCGGCGCUGCAACGUGUACUGGACGCCUAGUACUCAGAUGACAAAUGGAAUGCCCUUACUCCAGACAUGGCUUUGGAAUCCAUCGGGAACAUUGCGUUACGGUUGCCGAGCCAGGCAGCGCAGUGGUCAACAUUUUUUCCCUCGCCCAAGGAGGCUUUGUGUUGUACUUUUGAAGCUGCACCCCAAGACAUUGAAAGCGUCCGACACGUUGCUGUGAGGGAGUCAGCAGACACCCCGAGUGAUGUCACAGGCAGUGAUGACGUAGAGCCAAACGUCUCUGUUGCGUAGUAACUCAAAUGCAAAGCAAUGCGGGGUGCAUAAUUCCCCUGGUCGAGCAUCAUACCCAGCAAAAGGUAUGACAUGCCAUGGGUGUAACAAUAUGUGAAUGUUGUAAUCUAGAUUUUAUAAGUAAUCAGUGUAUGAAUUUUAUUUGAUACGCUGUCUAAGUUUGUGAAUAUCUGUUGUUUCAAUGUUCUCUUAAGGGCAAAAGGAGAUACUGAUCAGGAAGCUAUGGAAAAUCAUGAUAAGAGCCUAUCAGCAUUACUGCAAAGAUGCCGAAAAAUACAUCAAGUUGAAUCAAGAGAAGAUGAAAUUACAUGUGACUGAAGUUAAGUACUACUACAUUGGACAUUUGCUAACAAAGGAUGGUGUUCGUCCGGAUUCAAAGAAAAUUGAAGCUAUUAAUUUUCUAGAAGUGCCAAGUGAUGUUAAAUCAUUGAAAAGAUUUCUAGGGAUGGUUAAUUAUCUCUCAAAGUUUUUACCAAGGUUGUCAAAAAUAACUCAGCCAUUAAGAAAUCUGGAAAAGAAAAAUGUUGAAUGGCAGUGGAACUCUUCUCAUGAUGAAGCAUUCUCCAAGAUUAAGAAACUAAUUAUUAAAGCUCCUUGCUUGAAAUAUUUUGACAGUAAUUGUAAUGAGGGUAAGUCACGUGACCAGAGAGACUUCUGUAAUUCUCCCCUGCUCUCCACAUGUUGGCUCGUCAAUACUGUACAACUAAUUGCUAACUUGUUUAAUAAACUAAUGUUAAUUACCCUCAGCUUAUCAAUGAGAACCUGUAACAUGGUGUCAGGAGUGGUUCUUAUCUACAUAUAAGCUGGAUUAAGGAAGAAAUGAGGGUAAGUGACAACUUAUAAGUUACGGACCAGUUUGUUGACGUACUAGGCUACACCAUUUGCCGACGUGCAGAAUUUUCCACAGUGGGAUAAAUUUUCUUCUCAUCACAAUUAAGGUAGUUUUGUACCAUAAAGAUGAAUGUACAGUUAACUCCACCAAGUCCUAUGGAAAAAAUUUAAAGAAGCUUUUAUUAACAAUGAAACUGCCAUAGGCUUUGACAAGGAAGCUGACAGACGAAGGGUAGCAACAUUCUUGCAUGUUAUAGGAGAAUUAGGGGUUGAGAAAUAUAAUACACUGUCUUGGGAUGACGAUGGAGAUAAAUAUAAGAUAGAUAAAGUUUUGAAGAAAUUUGAUGCAGAAUGCAGUCCCAGAUCAAAUAUAAUCAUGGAAAGAUACGAAUUUCUCAAACGGAAAAAGAAUCUAAUAAAGUUGUGACCAGCUCAUAACUCAGUUAAGAAUUUUAUGUAAAACUUGCAAUUAUGAUAAUGAAGAAGAAAUGAUCAGGGAUCAAUUCAUCCUUAAUUUACAUGAUGAUAAGGCUAGGGAGAAAUUACUGGAUCAUGUGCAGAUGGAUACAGAACUAAUGACCUUAGAAAGGGGUGUGAAUUUUGUAAAAAUUAUGAAAUGCGAAUUCAGCAAAAGCAGUAAAAGACUAGUAGCAAUACUGAAGAGGAGGAAGUUAAUGUCGUUGGGAAGAAGAAAAAUAAGUACACAAAUCCUCGAAUUAAGCCUAAGUCCAAUGAUGCCAAGGAAAUAAAAGAUUGCAGGUAUUGUGGCAGGACUCAUAAAAUUAGGAUAUGUCCAGCAUAUGGUCAAGUGUGUGCCAAAUGUAAGAAAAAGAAUCAUUAUACUAUUCAGCAA